GCGAGCAUCGUCACUCGGACACGUUUCCGGAUCGCGCGAAUCCGACUACGAGCAUCGUCUACAAAGCCACACCCUCUGCCGAGCAACGCCACUCGCACAAACCCACACCGGCCUCCAUCCUUCUCUCGUCUCGUCAAGCGGUCGCUAGAUCUCCCUCCCGGCCCUUUCCAUCUCGCCGAGACCAAGAACCACCAUGUCAGCAAAGGCGGCGGAGAUCCUAGGGCUGCCGUGCGGCGUCAAGUUCCACCCCGAUGACGAGGAGCUCGUCGAGUUCUACCUCCUGCCGCGCGUCCGCGGCCAGCCGGUCUUGUUCCCCGGCGUCAUCGUUGAGGACGACACCGCGGCCAGCACGCUGCCCUGGAAGCUCUUCGAGCGCCAUCACCUGGCCGACGACGAGGAGGCCUACUUCUACGUCCGCACCAGCGACGCCAAGGAAGGAGCCCGCCAGGAUCGCAGCUGCAACGGCGGCGGGACGUGGAAGGGACAGAAGCGCAUCCCCUGCAUAUUGUGUGUCGGCGGUGAGAAGAUCGAGUGGAGCAAGUACAACCUUAGCCUGCACAUGGGCGGCGGCAGCACGGGGUGGGUGAUGCACGAAUAUACCGUCACCGCUCCGUCCUGCCCGUUCUUCAAGAUCUGCCACGUCUCUUUUACCGGUCAUGGCCAGAAGCGCAAGCGCGUGCCGGACGACCACGACGACUGCCAGGGUGAAUCCGCAUCUCAGCGCGCGCGCGUCAACACCGCCACCGCCGACAGUGGUUCUGCGACUUCUGUUCCUGAGUCGACAACGACGACGGUUGAUCAAGACUCCGGCGCAGCGCACGCUGCAGACCAAGAACCCGCACAAUGUGUUCUUACCGACGAAGAAAUCAAGGAGAUUGUGGAUUAUGUUUGCAGCGACGACUUGCCGGACUUCCCUUCUGCAGCGUCGGCCGAUGCAGAGCCCUGCUUCGAGGAGCACGUCCAGGCAGCAGCGCCAACAACAGAGCAGCAGGUCGAUCACGUCAUUAUGCUGCUGCCGAUGGUUCAAGAGGAGCACUUGUACGUAGGAGACCAGGACCAACAGGACUUCCGAGGGCUGCCGUGUGGCGUCAAGUUCCACCCCGAUGACGAGGAGCUCGUCGAGUUCUACCUCCUGCCGCGCGUCCGCGGCCAGCCGGUCCUGUUCCCCGGCGUCAUCAUCGAGGACGACACGGCGGCCAGCAUGCUGCCCUGGAAGCUCUUCGAGCGCCACCACCUGGCCGACGACGAGGAGGCCUACUUCAACGUCCGCAUCAGCGACGCCAAGGAAGGAGCCCGCCCGGAUCGCAGCUGCGACGGCGGCGGGACGUGGAAGGGACAGAAGCGCAUCCCCUACAUAUUGUGUGUCGGCGGUGAGAAGAUCGAGUGGAGCAAGUACAACCUUAGCCUGCACAUGGGCGGCGGCAGCACGGGGUGGGUGAUGCACGAAUAUACCGUCACCGCGCCGCCCUGCCCGUUCUUCAAGAUCUGCCACGUCUCCUUCACCGGCCAUGGCCAGAAGCACAAGCGCGUGCCGGACGACCACGACGACUGCCAAGGUGGAUCCGCAUCUCAGCGCGCGUGCGUCAACGCCUCCACCACCGACAGUGGUUCUGCGACUUCUGUUCCUGAGUCGACAAUGACGACGGUUGAUCAAGACUCCGGCGCAGCGCACGCUGCAGACCAAGAACCCGCGCAACGUGUUCUUACCGACGAAGAAAUCAAGGAGAUUGUCGAUUAUGUUUGCAGCAACGACUUGCCGGACUUCCCUUCUGCAGCGUCGGCCGAUGCAGAGCCCUGCUUCGAGGAGCACGUCCAGGCGGCAGCGCCAACAAUAGAGCAGCAGGUCGAGGACCAACAGGACUUCUUGGCGUCUAUGGGAGGGAGCUUCUGUGACGUGCCAGACAUCGGCGACAUGGCCGCCGGAACACAGCUGGGCGGCGUUGAUUGGGGAGGCUUCCACUUCUAUUAGCUAGGAGAGUACUUUCUUGUCAAGAACUUCAAGUUGUUCGGUGAUCUGGCCGGAGCUGUAGU